GGAGGCGGAGGAGACAGAGGCGCGCCGAAGACGGGGAGAGUCUGCAGCUGCCUCCCAGGACCGCAGGCGGCCGCCGCCGUUACCUCUUCUGCACGCCGGGGACACUUAAAAUUCUGCUAUGAAUGGUGAUUCCAGUGCAACGGUGGUGACUUCACCACCCCCAACAACAGCGCCUCACAAAGAAAGGUAUUUUGAUCGAGUUGAUGAAAAUAACCCCGAGUACUUGCGAGAGAGGAAUAUGGCUCCUGACCUGCGCCAAGAUUUCAACAUGAUGGAACAAAAGAAGAGAGUCUCCAUGAUUCUGCAAAGCCCAGCCUUUUGUGAAGAAUUGGAAUCCAUGAUCCAGGAACAGUUUAAGAAAGGAAAAAACCCAACAGGCUUGUUGGCUUUACAGCAGAUUGCAGAUUUCAUGACAACAAAUAUACCAAAUGUCUACCCAGCGGCACCACAAGGUGGAAUGGCUGCAUUAAACAUGAGUCUUGGCAUGGUGACACCAGUGAAUGACCUUAGAGGGUCAGAUUCCAUUGCUUAUGAGAAAGGGGAGAAGUUAUUGCGAUGUAAAUUAGCAGCUUUCUACAGACUAGCAGAUCUCUUUGGGUGGUCUCAGCUUAUUUACAAUCAUAUAACAGCCAGAGUAAGUUCUGAGCAAGAGCACUUCCUGAUUGUACCUUUUGGACUUCUUUAUAGUGAGGUUUCUGCAUCCAGUUUGGUUAAAAUCAAUAUUCAAGGCGAUAUAGUUGAUCGUGGAAGCACUAACCUGGGAGUAAACCAAGCUGGUUUUACGUUGCACUCUGCAAUUUAUGCUGCUCGACCUGAUGUUAAAUGCAUUGUUCAUAUCCAUACACCAGCAGGGGCAGCGGUUUCUGCAAUGAAGUGUGGUCUCUUGCCAAUUUCACCAGAAGCACUCUCUCUUGGAGAAGUGGCCUAUCAUGACUACCAUGGUAUUCUGGUUGAUGAUGAAGAAAAAGUGUUAAUUCAGAAAAAUUUGGGACCUAAAAGCAAGGUCCUUAUUCUCAGAAACCAUGGCUUGGUAUCAGUUGGGGAGACCGUUGAAGAGGCUUUCUACUAUAUUCAUAAUCUAGUAGUUGCCUGUGAGAUUCAAGUACGUACCCUGGCCAGUGCAGGUGGGCCUGACAACUUAGUGCUGUUAGACCCUGGAAAAUACAAAGCCAAAUCUCGUUCUCCUGAGUCUCCAGCAGCUGAGGGUACUGUAUCCCAUCCAAAAUGGCAGAUUGGAGAGCAGGAGUUUGAAGCCCUUAUGCGAAUGCUUGAUAAUCUGGGUUACAGAACUGGCUACCCCUACCGAUGCCCUGCUCUGAGAGAGAGAUCUAAAAAAUACAGUGAGGUUGAGAUUCCUGCUAGUGUCACAGGUUACUCCUUUGCUAGUGAUGGUGACUCAGGCACUUGCUCCCCUCUCAGACACAGUUUUCAGAAACAGCAGCGAGAGAAGACAAGGUGGCUGAACUCUGGCCGAGGGGACGAUGCUUCAGAAGAAGGGCAGAAUGGCAGCAGUCCCAAGUCGAAGACUAAGUGGACUAAAGAGGAUGGACAUAGAACUGCCACCUCUGCUGUCCCUAACCUGUUUGUUCCAUUGAACACUAACCCAAAGGAGGUCCAAGAAAUGAGGAACAAGAUCCGGGAGCAAAACUUACAGGAUAUUAAAACCGCUGGUCCUCAGUCACAGGUUCUUUGUGGGGUAGUAGUGGACAGGAGUCUUGUACAGGAUGCUCCCCUCUCAGACUGUACGGAAACUAUUGAAGGGCUCGAUCUCACAGAGCAGGCCUUUAGUCCCGCUAAAUCUCUCUCUGUUAGAAAGGGAGAACUGGUGACUGCAUCGAAGGCAAUCAUUGAGAAGGAAUAUCAGCCACGAGUUAUAGUGAGCACAGCAGGACCAAACCCCUUCAAUAAACUCACUGAUCGAGAACUGGAAGAGUAUCGCAAAGAAGUGGAAAGGAAGCAGAAAGGUUCUGAAGAACCUUCAGAAGAUGCCAGACAACAGAAAGAAAAGAGUGCUCCUGAUCAUACUUCAGCCCGUACUCCUCCCAGCACACCAGUUAAGCUAGAAGAAGAGACACUGCAGGACCAGACUUACAAAGAUGACAGUGAUGCUGCAACUUUCAAGCAAACCCUCCCAGACCUCACCCCUGAUGAGCCUUCAGAAGCACUCGGCUUCCCAACCUUCGGAAAGGAGGAGGAGGAAGGUAGGUGCAGCGAAGAUCUGACCAAAAGUCAGACUGAGUCACCUGCAACAGAAAAUCAAGAGCCCCAGUCCCAACCUGCUGAAGAGGCAACAACACCAACAGCUGAGGAGGGGACAGCAGCUGAUCCAGGUAGUGAUGAAUCUCCAGGAAAAUCCCCAUCCAAAAAGAAAAAGAAGUUCCGCACUCCUUCCUUCCUGAAGAAGAACAAAAAGAAGAGUGACUCCUGAAGGCCUGAUGCGCUGCAGAAACACUGUCGUAUUUUAAAAUCUAAAUUCAUUAACCACUAGAAUGUACCGGAUUGUACUGAGUGUUUUGUCGUCUUAUGUAAAGGAAUGCAACAAAUAAACCAACCAACCCUUCAAGUUAUAGCUUGAUUGUUUAAGGUUAUAACAGGAAAUUAACGUGCAGAAAGGUGCUAAACCUCUGUUCUCAGCAGCAAACCACAGAUUUGAUCCUUAAUUUGUAAACAAAAUUAAAUGGCUUCCAUGUGGAAGACAUUGAACCACUGUUUUUAAUUUAAAGCCCACACUGCUUUAUGUAUGAACACAAGUAUUUUUGACCAGGCCACGUUCACAGUGCAGUAUCUGCUCACUCCAGAACGUGCUCUUUUCCAAUGUUGUACUCACCAGUCACAAGUGGAUUCUUUUUUAAAUAUUGCAUUUUAGAGAGGAUGCUUGUUUGUUUGCAUUUUAGAGGGGGCACAUUCUUGAACUGAUUUGUAUGCUUCUGCAAUCUGUGAUUACAGAUCAUGUUAGAGUAAGGCUUUGAGACUAUCCUCACCUUACCCCUCCUGUCUUCUCCCUGCCACCCCCACCCCCCCAAUAACAACAACAAUAAAAUCUGCCUUUAACCCAUAUUCUGUUUUGUGAUAUAGCUGGAACUUAAACUUAACCUUGUGAUGUCUAAGAGGAGUGAACUGGUGAUGAUGUUUCCUGCUGAUACUGUGCAUUCAACUUUUCUAAUAAAUGCAAUAUUGUGAAAUCUAUCUUACGGCCCUCUUCCCCAACCAAAAUCAGAGACCAUCAGAAAUCACUUGCAUAGCAGUUUGGUCUUUAGAUACAGGUUGAAAACAAUUGUAUGUUAGACUUUUGGGACACUUUUAAUUGGUGAUCUAGAGCAUGGACAGCUUUGGAUUGGGUCUUCAGUGCACAUUUCAUUGUUUUGAUAAAACUUCCCUGGGUGCAGAUGCAAAUCUGUUACAUAUAAGCCACAUUUGCAGGCUGGUAGCUUCACUCCCUCCCCUAAUAAAAAUGUAAACACAUUACACUGAACACUUAACAUAUGUUUGUAUAUUAACUUUUUCUUUUCACUUACUGUAGCUCGUAUUUCUUGCUUUGUGUUGCCAGCAGUAGUUAAGUCGGGAACAGAAAUCCCUCCCAGAGUCCUUAGAGGUGCAUUUACUACAGCUUUUCCAUAAGCAUUUAGCAUGUAGCAAAGUCAGGAAAAUCACUUUCACCUUUUAUUUGCCAUCCUCUUCUAGUUACGAUCAUGAUUCUCUCUCUUCACUGAGCACACACAGAGAUCCACCUUCAAAUGAUCUUUUUGAAAGCCAAAACAUCUUCAUUUGUUACCAACGUGAACUUUCCAGAAACCUUAAUGAAUUCACCCCAGCUAUAAACCGAGAUGUUCCAAAUGUCAGUGUUCAAAUGACACAUUUCUAUUUGUAACAGCAGAAAACAUUCAAAGAUUUCUCCUUGGGGAAAAAAAGUUGGCUUACAUGCAAUGACUAUAACUAAAAUGAAAUUCAGUAAUGGAUGUAUCCUAUAAGAGUAUAUAAAAUACCUUUUUUAUAGUGAGAAAAAUAGCAGACAGUGAAUCCCUUGCAAUUUGUGCAGUAUGAAAGCAUUGAGGAGUAGAACAGGUUCAGCUGUAGUGCAAAAAUAAAGCCUAUAUUAGGCCUCAGAUGCAUUGAAAACUUGGACCAAAUUCAAGUGGUAAAAGGAAAACAAAAUUACAAGAUAUGACAAUAGCACUGUCAGGUGAGGAGGAAAAGGUUUAGUGGCAGUAAUUAACACACCAGAAAUCUGACUUCUCUUUUGGAAUACAUAGAGGUAGGGUGGAAUUAGAUGCAACAGCAAAUCACUGCUUAAGAGUGACACCUAAACAAUAAUGUCUAGUAAGGACUGCAUGGCGCUAAUGGCUUUGAGCUUGUAUUCUAACCUAUGUCCUCUGUAUACUAGGGAGCAUACAGUACUUAUCUUACUUUGCUAAAUUGUGUUUUAUUGCCAGGGUCAUAAUUACGUUACUAAGCCAUUGCUACAUGUUUCAGUUAAUAAUGGAGUCCUCCCUUUUAUCUUUGACCACAUAUGCAAUGAUUUUGAUUCUAAUUUUGUAGUUUGUUCUUUCAAUUCUUUGUAUUACACUAUGAAAUCUAGCUGUGUACAGUAUGGUUACACACGGUGGGGGGGAAAAACAGUCAUGUAUUUUUCUUUCUUUGUUGUAUCAUUAAGUUUUACUCAAAUAAAAUUCUUC